AUGGUCAUCGUAGAAGGAGUCCUGAGCCAAAGGGACCAACGCAGGCCCGGAGUAUAGGCCCAGAAGUUAGAAGCAGCAGACAGGGGAGGGCAUUGAAGGAACCACCCCCCCUGUCGAAGAACAGCACACAUUUUUUCUGAGUAGAGCUGUUGGUGGCUACAGCAACAGUUGGUGAGAGGUCAUGUUGGGUCUGUGGGCUUGCUCCUCAAGGGCGAAACAAGGGACUACCAUAUAUGGGGGUCCCCCUGAGAGUGAAUUACACCCUAAGUGUGAUGUCAGUCCCGCCCUUUAA